UUUUCUCCUAUCCUAUCAUCAACUAGUUUAUUGAUUCAUGUAACCCUCCAAAUAAUAAUCUCUCUCUGAAUAAUUCUGUAAUGGGACUAAUUGGGUUCUCGGCGUUUUGAGUCUCUUCGUUUCUUGUCAUCAUCUCCUUUGUCUUUUUUUUUUUUAUAUAUGAUUCCAUCUCUUUCGUAGACUUGUACAACACGCCCUUCUCUCUCUCUCUCUCUGUAAUUUUUUCCACAUCUAUAAAAAUUUGUCAAAAUUGACCCCAAAAUAUCUGAGCUUUUUCUUCUUUUCUUGUUCUGCUUUACAGAAGACUAUGGCUGUCGUCACUAACCUAGGAAGCUGUCUGAAGAUUUCGUACGUCAUAUUUGCCUUCUGUUCUGCUUUCUUUCUCGGUGCUCUCAAAGGUUUGAUCGUAGGUCCGAUUGCUGGUUUAACAUUAAUAGUAGGAAAUGUUGGAGUGAUUCUUGGUUUGUUCCCUGCACAUGUUAUUUGGACUAUUUAUGCUGUUGCAAAGACAGAUAGAUUUGACAUUCCUCUGAAACUAGCAAUCUUAGUGGCACUUCCUGCAUUGUUUGGGAUAUGGUUAGCUCUCAGUAUAGCUAUUAGUGUUCUUGUUGGUGUUGGCUAUGGAUUCUUCACUCCCUGGAUCUCUGCUUUUGAAGCAUUUAGACAAGACAAUGUAUCCAACAAGUUCUUCCACUGUCUUGUGGAUGGAACUUGGGGAACCAUCAAAGGAAGUUGUACUGUGGUUACAGAUUUCGGGGAUUUUUGUUACCAUUCUUAUCCGCUUUACUUAAAGGAGUUGCGUGAAUCCCCCGCCUCAGAUGAGCUUCAAACUCUUAGCUUGAUUCAUGUUCCUGGAUGCAUAAUUGUAGGGAUAAUAGGAUUAGUCAUUGAUAUCCCUCUUUUUACCGCAAUCGCAGUUGUUAAAAGCCCUUACCUUCUGCUUAAAGGCUGGUACCGUCUAGCUCAAGACGCCAUUAAUCGUGAAGGACCUUUCCUUGAGAUAGCUUGUAUACCAGUUGCUGGUCUGACAAUACUGUUAUGGCCUAUUAUUGUCAUCGGAUUUGUUUUGACCACCAUCUUCUCCAGUAUCUUUGUCGGUUUGUAUGGAGCAGUUGUUGUAUUCCAGGAAAGGUCAUUCAGAAGAGGAGUCUCUUAUGUGAUUGCAGUAGUUGGAGAAUUUGAUGAGUACACAAAUGAUUGGCUUUACCUUAGAGAAGGAACUAUCUUCCCAAAGCCAAGAUAUCGGAUGAGAAGAGUAUCGUUUUCAAGUGAAGUAUCUGUGAUUGUUCACCCUUCAAAUCUAAGCAGAGUCAAUAGUUCCGGUUCUGCAGAUGCUCCAGCGAUGCUAGUACCAAGCCUAGUUCACUCUGUAUCAGUAAGAGAAGCAAUCCAAGAAGUGAGAAUGGUUCAGAUUUGGGAGCAUAUGAUGGGGUGGUUUGAGAUGCAAGGCAGAGAGCUACUAGAUGCGGGAGUGGUAACACCAGUUGAUCUCUAUGAGUCUUUAAAGGGAAGACAAGGAAACGAAUCAUCAAUUAUUAAUGUUGGGCUUCCUUCUUACGCUUUGCUGCAUACAUUGCUUAGCUCUAUUAAAGCUGGUGCUCAUGGUGUGCUUCUGCUUGAUGGCUCGGAAGUAACUCAUUUGAAUAGACCACAAGACAAGUUCUUGGACUGGAUCUUUAAUCCAAUUAUGGUAUUGAAAGAUCAGAUUCGAGCGAUUAAACUUGGAGAAAGUGAAGUUAGGUACUUGGAGAAAGUUGUUCUCUUUGGAAACCAUGAACAACGCAUGGAAGCUUGGGAUAAUCGCGGUGACCCGCCUCAAGAAAACGUUCGAGCUGCUCAAAUCCAAGGAAUCAGCAGAAGGAUGAUGGGAAUGGUACGGAGCGUAUCUAAGCUUCCUACUUAUAGGAGAAGGUUCAGGCAAGUGGUUAAGGCUCUAAUAACUUAUUAUUUAGAGAAGCAAGGCUUGAAUCGAACCGGUUCCAUGAGCUCUGGAGAUUUCAUCGAAGAGAUCUAACCUAAGGAGCAAUAAAUUGUUGUAAUUAAGUUGUGUUUUUGAUAUAUUGAAAUACUAACAAGGUGUAAAAAGAGUAUGUAUAGAAGUUGCUAAAAUUUAGGAUUCAAGAAAACAGAGCUUUUUUUUCUAAAUGAUUUCAGAAAUUGAGAGAAAGAGAAUACAAAAUCUUACAGUGAUGCUGAUGUAGAGGAGGAGGUUUGAAUGUGAUGACAGCUUCCGACCA